AUUCUUUCGCCCUUUUCCUUCUUUCUUGCAUUCUCUGCUCUGUUACUGUUACUGUUACAGUAGAAAAAACCACCGUAUUUUCUCGCCAAACUCAACAAGAGAAAGAGAAACGUGGGUCCCACUUAUCUCAUAACUCAUUACACCAUGUCACUUCACCGUUCACCCUCCCCGUGUUCAACAAUCUUUCCCGUGUUAAGGUUUCUUUUGCUUGUAAUUAUGGUAACGACAUCGACAUGGAGAAAAUAAGACACAUAUUAAAACACUAUGCUUUGAGUCAUCGAGACACUGUUAGAUUUCCAAGACCCUUUUUUUUUAACAUAGAAACAAACAAAAAAGAAAAAGGUUUUUUUUUGUGGAUAGAUUUCUCCCAUCAGAUCACUGCAUUAUUCAUAAUGCUGUUUCCCUUAUAUCAUCUUUUUUGAUCCAUUUCUCUCUCUCUCUCUCUCGCUCAGGUCCUUUGUCAGGGACUCAGAAGAGAGAGAUCGCAUACCUUGCGCACAAUUCACACAACUCGUGCUGGGGUUCAGAAAGACUGAAACUUUCUUCUUAAAAACUUGGUGGGUAUUAAUGUUCUUUGUCUUGCUCAGUCAUUACAUGAAGAUUCUCUACUUGGGUGUUCAAAAUGUUGGUCACUACUGAGGACAAGUCUCAAUCUCAUGUUGUUGUUGACAUAGACAAUGUUUGCUGUCACCGGAGCUCGGCCGUCGGCGAGGGGUGCUCCGACGCCGGAGACCGGUCAGAUGAAGAGCAAAGGUCCUCCCAUGGCUCUGGCACUGAGAUUGUGGGAGUGUGUGAGAAGAAGAGAGGAUCCUCUGCAUCAGAGUGUUCAGUGGAGGUGGAUCUGGAGGAGGGUGCAGCUCCUGAGGUUAAGGUGCAUUUGGCUAAUGUGGAGAGGGAUUGUAGGAUUUGCCAUCUCAGCAUGGAUAUGACCAAUCAUGAAUCUGGAACUCCCAUUGAGCUAGGAUGUUCUUGUAAGGAUGAUUUGGCUGCAGCUCACAAGCAGUGUGCUGAGGCUUGGUUCAAGAUCAAGGGCAACAAAACUUGUGAAAUCUGUGGAUCAAUUGCACGCAACGUAGCUGGUGCUAUUGAAAUUCAAAUGACAGAACAGUGGAAUGAGGCAAAUGAUGGUUCCACGGUACCACCAUCUGGACCGGCACCACCGGCAGAAAUUCGAAAUUUCUGGCAGGGUCACCGUUUCUUGAAUUUCCUUCUAGCCUGUAUGGUCUUUGCCUUUGUCAUAUCCUGGCUUUUUCACUUUAAUGUGCCCUCUUGAAUUCCUGUGUAACUUGAGGAUGAAGCAUAGCAGGUUAAGAUGAUGGGGGGUUAUUAGGCCAACCUAUGCCUCUUAACACAGGUAUCAAACUCAAUACCUGUGUCUUCAUAGUUUAUUGGGAUAUGUGUCUUUCGUUCCAUAUGAUGUUCAUAUGUGUUGUAUUCUUAAUUUUAUUUUGCUCAACUUAGAAUAGCCCCAUGGAUGUUAUUGAAUUUUCUGAGGUAAAUUUAUAUAUCAUUCUCGCUGCA